CCCCAUUCACAACGUUUAUAUUCCAUUCACUUCUUUUUAGUUGAGUUAUUAACCCACCUGUUGCUUGUGGGGGGGUAUAGUUAGUGACAAGCGGUGUGACUGUGUGUGUUUCUAUAGAAACGGCUCCAAUACCUGCCCUCCCGUGACACCUCGGCACGGUAUGAUACACACGAGACUUCUACGGUGACCUGGGCAUAACGGGGCACGCAAACCUGACUCUCUGCAUGUGCCUUGUUCCCGUUACAUUCAGAAACAUUUGUACCAGGAAGUAUUUACCUGGAUAACAUGCACGCUGGAAGAACUCAGCUAACUUCAAAGUAGCAUAACUUUCGUUCAGGUUGGACUAUUUUAUGCGAAGUUCAAGCUGCUCAUUUGAAAAUGUGGACUGAAUGGACCUAAAAUAUCCGGUAAUGGCGUAUCGAUAAUGUCGACCGUCCUAUCCUGUAACAGAAGUGGUCAACUACGUUGAAAUUGGAUGCAUUUUGUAUUUGUGUGGGGGUAAUGAUCUAGCACAGCCUUAGAUACUUUCACCCCGAUCGUCAUGAACUCUGAAAAGCCCAGUUUUCUAUCGCAACCUGUCGUGAAGAACAUAUUCGUGUAUCGGAAUGGAGAUCCGUUUUACGAGGCUCGCCGGUUAGUGGUAAACCAAAAGAGAGUGUCCAAUUUUGAUACUUUUCUUCGAGAUGUGACCGGGGGUGUGCAGGCUCCGUUUGGAGCGGUUCGGAACAUCUAUACCCCUAGAAUGGGCCAUCGGGUGGCCUGCCUGGACCAUCUACAGAGCGGGGAACAAUAUGUCGCUGCCGGGAGAGAGAAAUUCAAGAAAUUGGAUUAUUCACAGAUAGGAUCCAGAAAGAAGAGGAUGCUCCUUACUUCUUCAGGGCAGCCGUAUCCACAGGCUAAACCGGUGCCCCAGAGUCGAAUCAUUGUAUCAGCAAGAUUCCUGAAACCCAUCAAAGAACCCUGUUCGAUUUUCGUGGUAGCGAAUGGUGAUGUGUUGACCCCAGCGUUAAGACUGCUGAUACCCCAACGGAUACUGGGCCAAUACGACAGGGUUCUGGAGAUGAUCACUGACAAAAUGGGUUUGAGAAUCCUGGGGUGUGUACGAAGCCUUUACACCUUUGAUGGAAAUCAUGUGAACGAGGGAAAGGACUUGGAGACUGGGCAGUUUUACGUGGCUGUUGGGAGAGACAAGUUUAAAAGACUUCCCUACAGUGACCUUCUGUUCACCAAACCAAGGGGAAUACGAAGGACUACAGGAUCCAAAGCUUCCUCAUUACCGCCCAUAUACACAUCUGGAAAGCAGAACAGAAACAGUUUGACGGUGAACCACAGUAAGUCUAUGUGGCGGUGCAGAGAGCCAGCAGACGCCAAGAUAUCUGCGCAUGAUACGGACCGCACGUCGUCCAUCGUCAGGCAGAUCUCCCAGCAGAGACUCAUGAUCCUCAGGAAGAGGAGGAGUGGUCUCAGUAUCUCCCUGGGAACACAGGACAACGACGGGGCGGUGCAGACUGAUGAAGGCCCUUUAGAGGAUGCAGACCUGUCUCCGCAGAGUGACCUGUCCUCUGAAGAGGUUAGACACACCCCUCUGCAGAGUGACCUGACCUCUGAAGAGGUUAGACACACCUCUCCACAGAAUGACCUGACCUCUGAAGAGGUUAGACACACCUCUCCACAGAGUGACCUGUCCUCUGAAGAGGUUAAACACACCCCUCCACAGAGUGACCUGACCUCUGAAGAGGUUAAACACACCUCUCCACAGAGUGACCUGACCUCUGAAGAGAAGCCAACAGAGGACAGUAAAUCUACUGACACAGAGGAGAGUCCAGAGGGAGAAAAAGUUGAAGAGGAGGAGACUGCAGUAGCUGAGAACUCCACCGUGGAACAAGGUGAUAACAAGGAAGAUGUUACUAAAACCACCGAGGAACAAGGUGAUAACAAGGAAGAUAUUACUAAGAGGAUUACCACAGAGGAACAAGGUGAUAACAAGGAAGAUAUUACUAAGAGGAUUACCACAGAGGAACAAGGUGAUGACAAGGAAGAUGUUACUAAAACCACCGAGGAACAAGGUGAUAACAAGGAAGAUGUUACUAAAACCACCGAGGAACACGGUGAUAACAAGGAAGAUGUUACUAAAACCACAGAGGAACAAGGUGAUAACAACGAAGAUAUUACUAAGAGGAUUACCACAGAGGAACAAGGUGAUAACAAGGAAGAUGUUACUAAAACCACCGAGGAACAAGGUGAUAACAACGAAGAUAUUACUAAGAGGAUUACCACAGAGGAACAAGGUGAUAACAAGGAAGAUGUUACUAAGAGGAUUACCACAGAGGAACAAGGUGAUAACAAGGAAGAUGUUACUAAGAGGAUUACCACAGAGGAACAAGGUGAUAACAAGGAAGAUGUUACUAAAACCACAGAGAAACAAGGUGAUAACAAGGAAGAUGUUACUAAAACCACCGAGGAACAAGGUGAUGACAACGAAGAUAUUACUAAGAGGAUUACCACAGAGGAACAAGGUGAUAACAAGGAAGAUGUUACUAAGAGGAUUACCACAGAGGAACAAGGUGAUAACAAGGAAGAUGUUACUAAGAGGAUUACCACAGAGGAACAAGGUGAUAACAAGGAAGAUAUUACUAAGAGGAUUACCACAGAGGAACAAGGUGAUAACAAGGAAGAUAUUACUAAGAGGAUUACCACAGAGGAACAAGGUGAUAACAAGGAAGAUAUUACUAAGAGGAUUACCACAGAGGAACAAGGUGAUAACAAGGAAGAUAUUACUAUAACCACAGAGGAGGACUCAGACAGUGUGGUUGGUGAGAAGAGCCUGGAGACCAAGCUACAGGGAAGUCUGGAGAACCUGGUCCUGAAGAAAUGAAGGAUGGAGAGGGGAAGGAGAGAGAGAGAGAAGGAGGAUGAGGCACCGGAUAAAGCUGAGGAGGUUGGAGAAGCAGGGGAUGACGGUCCAACUUCAACAGAUGGAAAAGAGUAGAAAGAGAAAGUGGAUAGAGGAAGACGAGAUGAAUCAUACCAUGUGGAAAAGAAAGAUGAGGAGGAAGUAGACAAGGAACCUGGAACUGAGACAUAUUUUGAGACAGAAGAGGGAGGAAGUAGAUAAGGAACCUGGAACUGAGACAGAUUCUGAGACAGAGGAGGGAGGAAGUAGAUAAGGAACCUGGAACUGAGACAGAGGAGGGAGGAAGUAGAUAAGGAACCUGGAACUGAGACAGAUUCUGAGACAGGGGAGGGAGGAAGUAGAUAAGGAACCUGGAACUGAGACAGAUUCUGAGACAGAGGAGGAAGUGAAGAAGAAGAUAGAGAGGUGAUCCUUCAGAGACAGGAGAAGAUAGAGAGGUGAUCCUUCAGAGACCGGAGAAGAUAGAGAUGUGAUCCUUCAGAGACAGGAGAAGAUAGAGAGGUGAUCCCUCAGAGACAGGAGAAGAUAGAGAGGUGAUCCUUCAGAGACAGGAGAAGAUAGAGAGGUGAUCCUUCAGAGACAGGAGAAGAUAGAGAGGUGAUCCUUCAGAGACAGGAGAAGAUAGAGAGGUGAUCCUUCAGAGACAGGAGAAGAUAGAGAGGUGAUCCUUCAGAGACCGGAGAAGAUAGAGAUGUGAUCCUUCAGAGACAGGAGAAGAUAGAGAGGUGAUCCCUCAGAGACAGGAGAAGAUAGAGAGGUGAUGCUUCAGAGACAGGAGAAGAUAGAGAGGUGAUCCCUCAGAGACAGGAGAAGAUAGAGAGGUGAUCCAUCAGAGACAGGAGAAGAUAGAGAGGUGUAGAGAGAGAAGGAUGAUGCAACUACUACUUUUUACUUUUUUAAAGAUACCAAAACAGACAAGUCUGCAAAGGAGAAAGGAGAGGGGGGGGGACAAAGAGGAGAGAAAUGGGGAGGGAGAAUCAUCAGAAUCCCAUUCCAGUGAAGAGGAAGAAACAGGGAGAGAGACCGGACACCAGGUAAAAGGUUCCAAUGAGAAGAGUCAAAGCAGCAAAGACGAGUUGGAAGUGUUGUUUAAGAAAAGCCUUAAGGGAGAAGGGUGACAAGACUAGCAUGUAGGGCACAAAGAAAAAUAUCAUUAUAAUCCACCACAACAAAACAAUAUUACAUUAUCAGGGUUCUUAAUAUGAUUUUUUUUCUUAACAAUGUGAUGCUGCUGAGCAAAGUGCCUCUCUUACGUUCUUCGAGGGGAAUAUCCUGGAUAUCGUAUGGGAUUAUAUAUGGGGUUAUAUGUGGGAUUAUAUGUGGGAUUAUAUGUGGGGUUAUAUGUGGGAUUAUAUGUGGGGUUAUAU